GGGGGGGAUGCAACCACAGCACCCCGGAAUCGGGUUUCCACAGAGCUCCCAGGGCACUUGGCAAAGGGAGGCAGCAAUAGUUUCUGUGAUGCUCUGCCAAGCCUGGGCACAGCCAGAUCCUUGCAGGAUUGUCCAUCCUUCAUGACAGACCCACCUCCCUCCCCUAAAGCAGCCACACGCCCUGCAUCCUGCUGCGGGGUGCUCCUGCCCCUGCCCACACUGGGAUUUGCUCAGUGCUGGCAGGAUUUAUCGCUCCACAUGCAGGAUUUAUUCCCUUUCCAGCCAUCCCCCACAACCAGAGCACUUUUUUCCCCACAGCACUGUAUCAUCCCUACCUCCCCUCACCACACGGUCCCCAUUGACCCCACACACCUCUGCCACGCUUGCUUUAGGCUUUUCACACGGGCCCCUGGGAGCGAACCUGCAACACAGGCUGCAGUGAGUCCCCACUGCAAAGGUUUCUGUGGGCGAUGCUGAGGACAGUGGGGCCAAGCAUCCCCUCCAGAAGGCUGGGGAAGGUGCUCAGCCAGGGCCCCGGAGAUGCCUUUCUCGGGCAGAGCACUGCCGGGGUGCUUCAAGCAGGAGGUGACGCCCCCGCAGGGGGGACACGAGGAGAAGGGCCGGAGCACGGAGCAGGUCUCCGGCGUGGAGCAUGUUUGGGGGGAGGAGAGGGGCUGCAGGUUGACCUUCCCAGCCCCUAACUCUCCCCCUUGCCCACCCCUAGCCCAUGAGUGCCCCCCCGCCCUGCCCUCCUCCCGCAACUCCAGCACCGAGGAAGCCGAGCCGGAGGCAGUGCUGAGCCGGAUAUGCAGCGACUCCCCGCAUCCCUCCUUGGCAGAGCACGUUGACGCCACGGCAGCCACCACGGAGAGGACACAGGAGCCCCCACUGAGUCCGCCGUGCCCCUUUGAGGGGGUGGCCUGGACCCCAAGACCUCCACAGGGCCCCCCACAGGGCUGCUUCGCCUGCAUCGCCAAGCCUCCGGCUCUCCGACAAGCUUCACCUGUCCUGUCUCCUUCUUCUGCCGUUUAUCUCAUGGAGAGCAAGAGCUGCAAAGGGGACAGCCUGCGGCCAGCAGUCCCGUGCAAGCACUCAGUGGAGAAGAAGACGAUGACCAACCCCACCACCGUCAUUGAAAUCUACCCCGACACCACUGAGGUGAACGACUACUAUCUCUGGUCCAUCUUCAACUUUGUAUACCUCAACUUCUGCUGCCUUGGCUUCAUUGCCCUGGCCUAUUCAUUGAAAGUCCGGGAUAAGAAACUCCUCAAUGACUUAAAUGGAGCAGUUGAAGAUGCCAAGACAGCCCGGCUUUUUAACAUCACCAGCUCAGCCCUUGCCACAUUCUGUAUCAUACUUAUCUUCAUCUUCCUGCGAUACCCCCUCACUGACUACUAGAGUGAGGCCAACAGCAGCGGCCGCCGCCAAAAUGCCUCUAUGCCAGAAGUGUCUGCAGUUGUUUCUUGUAGCAAGGACGCAAAAAACAAACAAAAAACCCCCACCACCACUGCACCUUGAUUGCAAAAAAAUCCAAGUAAAUACAUAAAUAAAAAUUAAAUUAGUAUCAGCCCAGCUGAGCAUACCCUUCCUGCCUCCUAACAGUAUGUGGACUGCUGUAGGAAAGGGUCUCACUCUUACACAUGCACAGGGAGAAAAACAGACCAAGAAAUACUUAUUUUUUAUGGCCAACAAGCUGUGUGACAAGAGCCUGCAAAUCCCAGAGCGAUGCAUGCCUUGCAGCAGACAGCUGAGCUCUGGGGAGCAGCAGGGUCCUGCUGAGCAGGAGAUGCAUGCAGUGACAGAUGUGGACCAUGGCAGGGCUGGCUCAUGACAUAUCAGAUGUGUUCAGACCACUCCAUCACCCCCUGACAUAUGGGGGUUUCUUUUCAUUUUCCUCUCUUGAAUUUAAUCCACUGGUUCAAACAACUUCCAGCACCUGGAGAGCUGAGGGUAUUAGGAAGCUCAUGCUAGGGACCCUCAAAGCCUCCAGAGGAACCCCAAAGCAUUAAAGGGCAGUUUUCUCAGUUUCUCCCCGGGAUCUCCUGGCAAUGCUGAGAAGGAAGGCACCUUCUGGAGAACUCAGCUAAGCCUCCCAAACUGAGUGCUACUGUAUUUCUGUAAACAGUCAAUAAAAGAUACCUCUGAUA